UCCUCAUGAUUAGUCAAUUUUCGCAGUUAAAUAAGCUUAGAAAGUACAAGAAAAUUUUGUAAAAAAUUAUACCAUGAGACAAAUUCUAGGUAAAAUGGUUUUAAAAAUAGUAUAGCUACUGUGACAUGUCAUUAACUGCUCGAAUAUUGCUGAAGGCAAAUGUUAACACGGCAAUUUUUGUAAGUGGUACAUGGCUAUAAAUUCUAUAGUUUCUGGUGCUCUGAAACAGCACUUGUUGCCAUGACAAUAGAAAAUGGGAUCCAGUGUUUGGUUCCUUUUUUAGUCGGCCGAGUCUAGAGCAGCUGUCUGGGAUUUCUUAAAGGUAAAACCAGACUCCAAACCAGAUGUCAGUCCACCAUUACGCUCGGCAUUCCCGAACGGUGGGAAACAUCGAUUUAUCAUAAUGAAAAUCCCGCUUUUGAGUGCCUGACGGAGAUAUUUAAAUCGGAAUGCAGUCGGCCACAGCGGACCAAGGCUAUGGUGACUCCGUGGGUUCGGCCACUGGUUCAGUGGUGCAGGUGAGCUUCCCCAGCGUGCAGACAUCAGUGCUGGACAGCCUGAAUCGGCAGCGUGAAGAAGGUCAUCUCUGCGACCUCUCCAUCCACGUUCAGGGCCAGGUGUUCAAGGCCCACCGAUGUGUGCUGGCUGCAUCGUCACCUUACUUCCAUGACCAGGUGCUGCUGAAGAACAUGUCCACUGUCUCCAUCCCUGCCGUCAUGGACCCCCUGGCCUUUGAGAGUGUCCUCAGUUGUGCGUACACUGGCCAGCUGCGAAUGCUCCGCGAAGACAUUGUUAACUACCUCACCGUUGGCAGUGUGCUUCAAAUGUGGCACAUUGUGGACAAAUGCACUGAGCUUCUCAGAGAGGGCAGGGGAGGUUCCAGUGGAGCUCAGGGAUCUGGAGACAAGGAGAAUGCAGGACACAGCGGCAGCGGCAACAAGGUCACCCAAGCGGACGGAGGAGACGCACCUUCUACUCCUCAACCUCCCAGUCGACCUUCCUUCAGCGAGAGCCAGUCCCCAAGCAGCACCAAUUACUUCAGUCCUAGAGACGCAAACUUUGGCGGGGCCAUGGUGACAACCGGAGCAGUAGGAGAGGGUGCCGUACACUCCACCCCGACCUACUGCAUGCCCUCAGGUGGAGAGGAAGGUUUCAUGAUUGAAGAAGAUGAAGACGACGACGACGAGCUCUUGUUUCCCAGGAAAAGUGAUCGGGGAGGCAAGCGCAAGGGCUCGACCUCCGUCUCCGAUCAAGAGGUUGGUGUAAGCGACAGCUUUGGAGUUUCAUCGUAUCAAGAUGGAGAUUCCUCACCAAACCAGAAGCGGCCGUCGUACAGUCAGCCGAGCAUUAUGCCCAGAAAACAGUGGGUGGUGGUGAAGACGGAGCACUCGAGAGACGACGACCUGAUUGUGGUGUCAGGAGGAGAGGAAGGAGGUGACGAUGAGGAGGAACGAGAGAUGGAGAUGGUCAGAGAGAGGGACAGGACAUUUAACAUAUCAAAUGUUAGGACCCUCUCUGGACUCAGAGAAAAUGCUGAAAUGGAGGCACAGGUUGACUAUUGCCAGUCCUCGGAAGACUACCUCAAGUUUGAGAGGGGUUUGAUUGACCAGACAUCCUCUCAACACCCUCCUGAGAAUCCCGGUCAGUGCCCCAACAGGGCCGUAUCCGCCCUUCUCGGCUCGGUUCAGUCAACGGCCGCCAGAGCUCAGCUUUUCCCUCUGGAUAUGCAAGGAAACCAGAUUCUUCUGUACAAUCAAGCCGCCCUGGAGUCUACAUCUCCAUUAGGGCUUGCAGGAGGUAUGUCCGGGGUGUCUCUAAAAGGGAGCCUCGAACAUGGAGCGGUACACUUACCCGGCCAAGGUGCACUGGGUAGCGGCAUGGAAGGAUUAGACGGUGGUAUGGCUGGCAAUUCAGGCAAGGUCUUCAUGUGUCAUUGCGGGAAGACAUUCACACACAAGAGCAUGCGGGACCGCCACAUCAACAUGCACCUGGACUUGCGGCCCUUCCACUGCCCCGUCUGCGCCAAGAAAUUCAAGAUGAAGCAUCACCUCACAGAGCACAUGAAGACCCACACCGGUCUGAAACCCUACGACUGCCACGGCUGCGGGAAGAAGUUCAUGUGGCGCGACAGCUUCAUGAGGCAUCGCUCGCAUUGCGAGAGACGCAGCAAGGGUGACGGAAGAGCGGGAUCCGAAAGAUCGGUCAUCUCUCCGCCACAUCAUCUGAAGCUCUCAUCAGCCAGCGAGUCCAAUCAAGGUAGUGUUGGCACCAGGAGCGGGAUUCCCGUUUUGUCUCCGCAACAUUCCAUUAGCAGCAACGGCGUCUCGUGUCUCAGCAUGGGAGCACCAGGGUCUCUUCUAGGAAUCAGUUCUCAAAGUGGGCCGCACAGCCUUGGAUCUGGCGUUCUGGGCAUUGGUGGUAAUCGUAAUGGGGGUGUGGAGGAAGUCUGUGAGGGUAACGUUGACGAAAGCAGCGUCACAUAGGCUGUUUCCUCCCAAGACCACCAUCCCGCAAAACCUGAACACUUGUCUUUGGUUUCAAAGGGACCAUGUGCACAAUUGUCUGAUUCUUUACCUCAUGUCGGUGAGUGCGCCAUACAAGAUGUCCCAUGUGUGCAACGACCAAGUGCCCAUUGCUAGCUCACGUAUGUAUCUACUUAAAGACCAGGCUGCUAUGGUGACUGUCAAAACCGUAUUCCAGCCAGGAAUUACGGGUCUGUCGCCAUCACGUUCAAGCUGCCUCACUAGCACAGAACAUUUGUUCACGGUUGCUCUGAAGUGCCAUUCUGUUAUGUUGUACAGAGUUGUACAUUACUGUAACUCAUUUGGUCCGUCUUGAUGUGAAGUUAUAUUGUACUCACUCAACUAUAUACAGUAUACUCACUUCAAAGGUCGGUAACACUUGAUUUUACAGUGUCAUUGUUACAUACGUUACAUGUAGAUACUAUAGUAAUAACUAUAAAUUAUGCAUAAUUACAUGCAACUAACCCUAAACCAAAUCAAACCCUAAUCCUAACCCUAUAAUAAGUACAUGUAGUUACUUAAUAUUACUCGGUACUUAAAGGGCUAGUUCACCCAAAAAUGAAAAUUCUGUCAUUAAUUAUUCACCCUCAUGUCGUUACAAACCCGUACGACCUUCAUUCAUCUUCGGAACACAAUUUAAGAUAUUUUUGAUGGAAUCCGGAGUUUUCUGACCUCCAUAGACAGCAAUUUAAUAACCACUUUUCAAGCCCAGAAAGGUAAAGACUCCUUUAAAAAUAUCUUAAUUUGUGUUCCGAAGAUGAACAAAGGUCUUACAGGUCUGGAACAACAUGAGGGUGAGUACUUAAUGACAGAAAUUUCAUUUUUUGGGUGAACUAACCCUUUUGAAUGUAUAAUUACAGUGACAAAGACACCUUAAAAUAAAGUGUAACCCAAAGGUUUAAUGUUUUGAUUUCUAAAAUAAGAGAUAAGAUUAUAGCUUCCUCUGCACUUUGGUAUCUUACGGCCCCUUCACACCAAGGAUGAUAAUUGGAACUAUAAAGGCUUGUUCACACCAAAGAUAACUAUACCAAUAACUAUUACUAUAAAGUUUUAAUAAUUGCUCUAAGAGAAUAGCGAAGUUCCCACCACAAUUAUAAUGAUAACGCCAUGAGAAAUAAUAUCUUUGAAAUCACUUUCCAAAUACCUUUUUACAGCUGAUGAACGAUAAAAACAUUUUACAGCCAAUUUUAAAGAGCGUUAGCAUUUCACAAGUUCACACUUACAUAAUUUACAUAAGAUAUAUUUGGUGUGCUGUCCAAGCGGAGGGCUCCGAUUUUAGCCCAAACCUAGAGUAUUCCCCCGGUAUCCUUGGAUAGGAUAGUAACCAGUUGAGAGUGAGGAAUUGGGUUGGUGGGGCAAAAAACUGUCGAGGAACAUAGGUGAGUAGACUAUGUCUAUAUAUGCCUCCUCUCGUGCUGAUUGGAUAGGUAAUUUGAACGUGUUCCUCCUGAACUUUGUUAAUAAAACACUAAAGUGGCAGAUGAUAAAACCGCAACACACUUAUAAUUAACAGAACACUAUCGUUAUCAUUAUAGUCAGCUUUUUUGGUGUGAACAGGCCUUAAAGCUUUAAUAAUCAUUCUAAUUCUAUGAAAACGUCCACACCACAACUAUAAUGACGGCACAGAGCAACAAUACCUUUGGAAUCACUUUCAGAACAAUUUCUUUUCCAGUUGAAGAACAAUAAAAAUGUUGACAGCCAAUCAGAAUCCACCUGACUUUGAAGAGUUGCACAUUUCAGGCAGAUGACAUAACUGCAGUGUGUGCUUAUAAUAAAUAGGUUGUGUGUUGGUGUGGAUGCUAAUAUAGUUAUCGUUCUUGGUGUGAUUGGACCUGUACAGCUUGUAGGGCAGGGAUGCGCAGGGUUUUUUAGGUAGUUGGAUCACUAAAUGAAUCAACUCACAGGGCAGUUUGGCUUUACUGUAUGUCCUUUUACCUAUUAAUCCACGAGAAACAUUGUCAUCCCCAUAUUCAGAUUAUUGGUCAACACGACAUAAGCACCUAGCAUCCAACUACUGAACUCCUGCGGUAUUUUUGAUGUAGCCUAUAGUGUGCCAAUAGUGAUAGUUUACAUGUUUGCCUUCCAUGAAGGCUGAGUUGCAUUGUCUUGAAAAUAGAAACGAAUCGAUGAAAAGCUUGAAUGAAGUAUGCAAAUGACGUGACAAAUUAGCAUGAAUGUCUGCAACUGCCAAGACCGUUUAAGACCUAUGAAAGUGAUUCAAUGGAUCCUGAUUGGGAUCCAUUUAGACUGUUUGGAUACGCAAAUACAGUGAUCAGUAGUUGCCUUGUACCACAGAUGAAUAUUUUGACCACGAAAACCAUAUACCUCAAAUGUUUGUGCAACUAUUCAAUAUAUUACAAUAAAUAAACCCGGAUCUGGA